CCACCACCAUCAUAUACAUUAUACAUAUAUGGGUCUAAUUAGAUAAGAUUUUAUUUCCAAAUUUUACUUAACUUUCUAUAUAAUCUUUCACUCUUUGAUUUAUCUCUUACCCUCUCCCAUCACAUAUCCAAUCUUCUACAAUCUAUCUACAUUCAUUCAUAUAUUCUUUACCUUACCUUCUCACUCAAACCCUCCUCGUUUUUCAUCACACCUCUCUCUCUCUCUCUCUCUUUUCAUUUGUCUCACACUUUUGUCUCUCUUCCUCUUUGCAUCUCCUUCCUUUCUCCUUCUGCAAGGAGAAACUGAGAAAGAUGGCAGACUGCAAUAGAGGUGAAGAACAUUUUGCUUCUCAAGACCGUGAGGCAAAAUCCACAGGGAAGAAGUACGGAGAGCUUGUGCCAAAGAAAAAGCCAUUGAUUUCAAAGGAUCAUGAACGUGCAUUCUUUGAUUCUGCAGACUGGGCAUUAUGCAAGCAAGGUGCUGGAGUAAAUCAAAAAUCAACAGCUGCAGUAGAGACCUUGCGACCAAAACUACAGAGAACACCACACCAACAGCUACCCCCUAGGAGACCAGCUUGUACAUCUGGUCCAGAUAACAUGGGAGAGUAGAACCGUUCAGGGCUUAAAGAAGUUGAGGGAUGUCACAAAAUUGUCUGUUCAUAAAAUGGCAUACAUUAAAUUGGCUGAACCCUUGAUAUGUCAAUAAUUAGAUCCUAAUAAAAGAGUUUUCAUUAUAUGCGAAA